AUGGCGUUCAUGUCCCGGUUCUCUCGGUCCCGGAGCAGCUCCAGGUCUCCGAACCGAAAAGACUCGGAACGCGCCUCACCGAACCUGAGCGUGUCGGAGCUGGAGCGGCUGCUGUGCACCGGCAAGACGGCCUGCAACCAUGCGGACGAAGUGUGGCCAAGGCUCUACAUCGGAGACCAAGAUAUUGCAUCAGAUCGCCGUGAGCUUGCCAAACUUGGCAUCACACACAUCCUCAACUGUGCGCAGAGUAAGUGGCGCGGAGGAGCCGAGUAUUAUGCCGGCAUGAACAUCACCUACCACGGCAUCGAGGCCCAUGACUCCCCCACAUUCGACAUGAGUGUUAACUUCUAUCCUGCUGCUGAGUUCAUUCACAAAGCCCUCACGAGUGGAGGUAAGGUGCUUGUCCAUUGCACUGUGGGCGUGAGCCGCUCAGCCACUCUGGUGCUGGCCUACUUGAUGAUCAGACAAAACCUUACUCUGGUGGAGGCCAUUAAGACAGUGAAAGACCACCGUGGCGUCAUCCCCAAUCGAGGCUUCCUCCGCCAGCUCAACGGCCUGGACGGCAUCCUGAGAGAGAGCCGCAAGACGUCCCCACAGAGCUGA